AUGUAUUUUCCAAGAUCAACGACCCAUAUUGCAAACUGCCUAACCUAUCAUAGUGAUUUGAACACGGCACCUAAUAUUUAUUCGAAUUGGUUGGGAUGGCACACAGCUUCUAACCUAGUAGCGCCUUUUAAUUGUAACCACCAGUUGGUUGGACUGCAAGCAAAACGAUUCAGAAAGCAAGGAAUAGAACGAAAGCCUAGACAAGCAUAUAGCGCUAAGCAGCUGGAACGACUGGAAAGUGAAUUUAAAGAAGACAAAUAUCUUAGUGUUAGCAAACGUGUGGAACUUUCAAAAUCAUUAAACCUCACAGAAGUUCAAGUCAAAACUUGGUUCCAAAACAGACGAACUAAAUGGAAAAAACAACUAACGUCCCGCCUUAAAAUAGCUCAUCGACAAAACAUUUACGAAAAUUCUGUUUACCUGAAAACGGCAGCGGCGGCACCUAAUUUUCUACCCACACCAUCCACCCAAGCAAUAUCACCAUUUCUUCCUCCGUAUUAUGUCUCCGCACUCUGCCUUAACAAUCAUCCCUGCAAUUUAUCUGUAAAUACAAGAAAAGAGAUGACCCCACCACAGUGUGUUUUAUCACAAAGCUUAAAUAAGACAUCUCCUAGUAUACAUCAUUAUUCCAAUAUGCUGUAG